AAUGAAGUAUCGACUUAAAUGCAAUCUAUAAUAAGGUGCUUUGAAUAUUUUCUGAAUACGUUAAUAUCAGCAAAAGAAAAUGAUACUCACUAUUUUAAAAAAAGGAUAUUAUAUUGUGUUUCUAUUCGUGAUAUUGUAUGUGAUGAUUCUAAUGUUCACACCAGAUUCGAUACUAUGGAAGGUAUACGCCAGGACAAACGUUACAUAUGACGACAGGCAAAAGGAAUGCAAAAGUCAUCCGAAUUUGUGUUCGCUAUCCGAAGGGAAUUUGACUGGAAAAACACGACAAACUACCAUUAAGAACGUUUCCGACCAGUUUAUACAUAAACAUACUAUCAACACAAAUGUUGAGAUAUAUCUACGCAAUUACAUACAGGAACACGGUGUUUCCAAAUCUUGUGCUAAACGGCGAUAUCUUAUCUACAGCUGUAAGAAAAUAUGUGGUGGGCUCGGAGACAGACAGAGGGGUAUUAUCACAGCUUUUCUCUUUGCCUUGCUUACCAACAGGACUUUCAUUAUUGAUAGUACUUAUCCAUGUGAGCUUGAAACUAUUAUAGAACCGAAUAUGUACAACUGGUUGCAUUGUAAGAAUUAUGCAUCAAACGUUCCUCACGACGAGAGGAUGGAGCUUCAACUAAUAGAUAACGGGAAGUUUAAAACGACAAUUCCUAGUUUGGACUUUGGCAACUGGGAAAAAACCGUCGUAGACAUGAGACUAAAUUGGUUAGCCUUUUCUAAAAUACGGCAGCAUAAUUCGACUAAAGAACUCAAAUUGUUGAAAGACAUAAGUGAUGAGGACGUUAUAAAAAUAGUUUUAGACGUACUUUUCAAACCAAACGAUCGCAUGACAAAAGCUAUAGAUGCUUUCUUUAUGAACACUACUCAUACAGGCCUCGUGGUUUGUGCUCACAUAAGGGUGGGUAAAAACCCAUCAAUACCAACAGAUAAUACCAAUAGCAACCGGCAUCCAAACAUUACAACAGUGUUUUCUUUUCUAGCAAAGUUUGACAAACCAGGAAACAUUAUAUACAUUGCCUCGGACUCAGAUGAAAUAAAAAAUGCUAGCACUUUUUUCUUUAAAAACAUAAUUACAAUCAAAAAGAAAAUUGUACACGUGGACAGAAUAGGAAGUAUGCAAAGAAACGUUGCGUGUGAAGGAUAUUACACGGCAGUCCUUGAACAGCAGAUACUUGCACGAUGCGACACUGUAAUUCUUACUGCAAGCAUAUUUGGAUCCAUGGCUGCCUUUCAAAGAGGUCGAUCAGACAAUUUAUUCGUGUAUAACAAACAGACAAACACCGUUGAAAGUGCAAAUUUUCAUAAACUUUAUGGAAAAGGAAAAUAAUUUCGCCCUUUGUUGUAAAGCAUUCGAUUAGAUAUCACCGUGUGUCUAUCCCCAUAUGGCGUGUGCUUUGUAAACAACCUCAUGUUGCAUUUAUAUGCCAAACAUGGGAUACUCUUUUCGCGCAUUUAUAAGGCAAUUGAAAAAAAUAAAUAUUUGUUUAUAUAAUGCCAAUAGUGUUGAAAAGAACUUCAAAAAUAAAGGUAAAGCUAAUAUUGCAAACGUUUGAUGAUAAUACAUAUCUGUAUUAAAUACAACUCAUGUUCACUACAUAAUAUCAUGUUGUAGUGAUUUGGGGAAAA